UCACCGCUUUUCGUCCAGCUCGCCCUCCCAGCACGGCAGGCACACAAAUCAACACCUACCGGUACCGUGCAAAUUCCGUGACGAAGCAGUGAGAAACCCAUAAACAUUUGCUAUGUGAAAACGCACCCCGGUGGCUGGUGAAAAGCUGCAUCAACGUCAAGCGAAAACCCCCCACGGCGCACCGUCCCGCGGACAGUUGUGAGAGAAGGCGAGCGCAGCCAAACGGCGGGCAGAAGCAACAGUCGCGCAUUUUCGGGUGUGCGUAGCACGACCACGACCACGACGACGAAGGCGCACCGUACGGAGCAGCCAGACAGGCAGGCAGGCAGGCAGGGUCGUCGCUUCUUUGUCGUCCGAACGUCCGAGGAACCGAAGACCGAAGAAUCGGUCGAGUCGUCGAGCAGCGACCGCAGCACAACCGUGGUUGUUUAUGUCGCGAGAAAGGUCACACCACGCCAGCCGUGUGUUGAAAAAGUGUGUUUGUUGCCACUGUGUGUCGGUGGCACAGGAAAAGUGUCGCCGUCGGUCAGGGUAGAAGACGAAGCAACCAGCCCAUUAGCCGAGCCAAACGCAUCGCGGGAGGAGUAGAGAAAAACACGCACACACACAGUGACGCAUAGACAGAGCACACACAACCAGCCCGUCGUGGUACAGGGGAAGUCCUCGCCCAUAUCUUGAUGCGAAGCGAAAAAUCACUGCAACGAUGGACGAAACAUAUCUGAAGAAUCUCGAAACGGCGGCCCACAUCAUCAUGGCACCGCCGAAUUCCAUCACCAACCAGCAGCGGCAGGAGUCGGAGCACAUUUUCACCACCUUCCGGAGGACGAAAACGCCGUACGCCCUCUGCCAGGCGAUACUGGAAAAAUCGUCCGUCGAUCUGGUGCUGUUCGAGGCGGCCGACGUGCUGAAGAAGGCGGUCGUCGGCGAGUGGAAGUUCAUCGCCGAGCAGGACCGGGCCUCGCUGCGCCAGUACCUGCUCAGCUACGUCAUACAGCGCGACGUGCCGGUGUUUAUCCGCGACAAGCUGCUCCAGGUGGUGGCCAUCAUGAUCAAGCGCGCCAGCCUGGAGGAUCACGGCGCGGAGCGGGGUCAAAUUUUGGAGGAGACGAAAAAGAUGCUCACGUCGGGCGAGCUGAAGCAGCAGAUACUGAGCUGCAGCAUCAUGCUCGCCAUCCUGGAGGAGUACUGCAACAUCGUCCGGUCGGACGAUACCGGGCUGAACACGCUCGAGCACUUUAAGGCGAAAAAGCAGUUCGAAGACUCCGACCUGCUCAAAACGUUCUGCAUGACGCUGCAGGCGAUGGUGGAGAUUGUGAACGCGUUCGAUACGUCCAACAGCCUGCAGAUGUACUUCUUCAAGCAGCUGCUGACGGUGAUGGAAACCGUGCUGACGUGGGGCUUCCUGCUGCCCAAUCUGCGGAACGUGCGCGUCCGGCAUUCGCUUUCGAAGAGCAUUAUCGAUACGUCGGAAACGGUGACGAAGGCGCUGCACGCACCGCCGCUACGCCUGCAGGCCCAGUGGAAGAGUGUCAUAUUCGAUCCGAAGGUGCUGGAGGUGUUCUUUCACACCUACUGGAAGAUGCGCGAGAUUGACGAUCUGCAGCCGAAGGCACUGACCUGCAUCCUGCAGCUGUCGACGCUGCGCGGUCCGAUCAUAUCGGAAAACAUUGACGAAAGCAUGUCCUACCUGGCGAACUACCUGACGCACUUUCUCUCGCUGAUGACAAACAUCGAAAUCAAAGACAAGGAAGCGUACAGCUUCUCGCUGAUCCUGCGCAAGCUGUUCCAGUUCCUUCCGACCGACAUGCUGAAGAUGCUGCCCAACUCGCUGUUCGACGCGUCCAUGCAGCAGUGCUUCACGCUGACGAUGAAGUUUUUCGAGCAGUCGGCGGCGGAAGAAUCGGUCGCACCGGACGAGGCGUGCUACAUCGAUGCGCUCAGCAACAUGCUCGGCAUCUGGCUGUCCUUCUUCGACGACAAGCGCAACUAUCCGACCGAGCCGAUGCUGCCCUACAUCACGCAGAUGUUCGAAAAGUACGUCCAGUGCCAUCUGGCACCCCCGCAGGGCAUCCGGGGUGCGGGCGGGCGCGAGGGCGACGGGGACAAUGAAAUUACCGAGCUGGAGGAGUCGGACCGGGAGCGGUUCCGGGAGCAGCUCACUGUGAUGGGAUUUUUCGGCCGCCAGAUACUGCAGCACGCGCUCGGCCUGCUGGCGAAGCUGCUGGAGGAUCGAACGCGCAAGCUCGGCACCCAUCUGCACAUGCUGCACGCGUCCAAGACGCUGUCGCUCUCGGACGGGAUGAGCCUGGAGAAUCUGUUCGAGGACAUUCACUGGCUGCUGCUGAUCAGUGGGCACGUGAUAGCGAUGGAAUCGGUCGGCGAGACGCCGAUGAUACCGGAGCCGAUACUGGUGCUCAGCAAACAGCAGGUCGAGACGGGUGCGACGGACGUGUCGAACAGCUUAAAGCUGCUCGCCUCUCCCCACCAGGACAUUCAGGAGAUAGCUAACGCGGAAUCGAACACGGACCCAGUAAUACGGCUAAUGGCGGCCGGCUUUCGGCUGUGCGAGCUGGAAAAGACCGCCAUCGAGGUGCGCAUGUACCAGUUCCUGAGCCCCGAGCUGAGCGCCACCACCAUGUGGUUCCUGCGCCACUGGUGCGGCACGUACGUAAUGUCCGCGUACGAGCCGACCGCCACCCACAUCUUCGCAAAUGCGUUCGGCGUCGGCACGGCUGGGGCACUGUGGGUGAUCAACUACCUGCUGAAUAAGAUCUGCCUGAACGCGCAGCACCUGCGGGCGGAGCCGGCCGUGAUGGAGGAAACGAUCGAGCUGCUGCUGGCGCUGCAGCGCAACCGGUACCGCGCGCAAACCAUCUUCAACUCCGAGUACUUCCGCUCGAUCUGCGACCUGAAGAGCUUCGAGCUGCCGCUGACGGUGAAGCGCAAGCUGCUGCGCGGCUUCGUCACGAUCGGCGGCAGCGUGGAGGGCGAGGAGGUGCGCACCGAGUACAUUAUGCGCAUCGUGCAGGGGACGAAGGAGAAGUUCGGGCUGCUGCAGGCGACGUUCCAGCAGCACGCCCACCUGCACCAGAGCGAACAGUUCAAGCAGAAGGUGAUCGAGGUGCUGGAGGAAACGAUCGGCUGCGUGGAGGGUGCGUACGACAAUCUGAUCCUGAUCCUUUACCAGGAGGUGCAGCCGAUCUGCAAGCAGCUCAGCACGUUCAUGUCGGUGUACAGGAACGAUACGGUAAUUGUGGAGCUUGUGCUGGAGCUGCUGAACGAGCUGGAACGGUCGGCGGAGGUGAAGGAGGUGCGCGCUGCCCUCCACCAGUACAGCAUGGACGUGAUCGGGGUGUACGUGAAGAACAACAGCAAUCGGAUUUCGCUCGAUCCCACCAACAACGAGCGCGAUCCGCAGGAUUUGAUCCUCAUCCUGAAGCUGAUCCACGGGCUGAGCGCUAGCCGCGUCGGCAACGAUCCGGAAACGAUCAACCAGGCGUCGGACGUCUGCAUCUACGGGCUGACGAACAUUGUGCCGCUAAUAACGGCCGAUCUGAUACGCUACCCGGAGCUGUGCUAUCAGUACUACAUCACGAUCACGUCCUUCGUCGACUCCAAGCCAUAUGUGGUGCCCGCACUGCAUCCCGACUUCCUGAAGCAGCUCGUCGCCUCGGUCGAGCUCGGGCUCACCUCGUUCACGUCCGAGGUCGAGCUGAAGUGCGUCGAGUUUAUCGAAGCGUUCGCGCAGGUCGUCCGGCUGCACCAGAACCCGGACGCGCUCGUGACCCAGCUGCUCCAGUCCUUCCUCAAGCUGAUGCUCGACAUGACGAUCGGGCAGAAGAUCGACUGGAACAAUACGAGCGACUGGUACAAGGCGAUGUACACCGUGAUCUGCUGCUUUCCGCACACGUUCAAGGACAUGGUGCAGAGCUUCCUGCAGGAGCACGUGGACAGCACCACGGACAAGGCGAAGGAGAUGAUCGGCGAAAGCUUGGCGCGCCUGAACCAGAUCGAGUUUGCGAACGUGCGGCUAAUGAAGCUGCGGUUCGUCGACUGGUACGAUCGGUUCGUCUCGCUGGUGAGUCUUAUGUACAAGAAGUAGAGUGGAACUGGGUGGUGAGAACGGAGAGAAUGGGGGGAAGGAAAAGGGAACACGAUUAAAAACGACAAACGACGCGCGUCGCAAAUGGAAAAUGUGCAAACACCAAUCCUACUGAGGGGGAAACAAACGAAUGUUAGGGAUGAUAGCCAGUGUUAGGCCGACCCCCCCUAUGUUUGUGUGCUGUUCGAGUUUUCCGUUUCAAUGUUUCAUACUUUCUCUUUUAAAUGUAUGAGAGUUUUCGAUAUAAACAACUAAAAUUAGAAAAAGCGCUUGAGUUGAAACGAGUUUUGCUUGUUUUUUUUGGCUCACUACUGUACAGUUCCUUUCGUCUUUGUAUGUGAACGUUAGGCAAAGGUCUGGAGAGGCAUCUCUCGCAUCUGGCUUAUAUAUCGUUAGGGGAUAAAAAAUAGUACGACGCAGAGGAGGGGGGAGAAAUGCGAUGGAGAACUUUUAGCUAUGCGCGAUUAUUGAAAAGUAAGAAACGUUUGUACCCGUCCCGUCCCGCGGCGGGAUGAGAUUGGCGAUGAAAUGACAAAAAGGAUUCGAUUCGAAUCGGCACGAACGAUAUCUAUAUAUAUACAAAUUAAUAGAUAGUGGAACACACAAUACUUAACUAAAGAAACAAAGAAAACAAAGGAUAUAGCUAGGGGCUUACUCUAAUUGUACUGGGACUGUGCACACACUGCGGGAAGGACUCUUGAGGCAGCGAAGGAUAUUGAGCUGCAUUACAAAACUCUCUCAACCACACAUGCAAACACAAAGAUUGGGUAACUGAUUGAAUGUUUGAGGGACGGAUUCGGCGGUGAAAUGGAUCACUUUCCAAAGAAUCCGCGAAAUGUCUACACAAAAACACAGCGUUGGGUGUGGGUGUGAUAUGGUAAAUUUUACAAGCCGGAAAAAAUGAUACGAAUUUGCACCGUGUAUUUGCGCACCUACUACUACUACUACUACCCGUUUCUUUCCGGUUUAUUUUAGAUAGCAUGUAGAGCAUAUGUAGUUCGAACGAUAUCUGCACGUUUUUUCUGCAAUACGACGCACGACGCACACAGUGGAUAGGCAUCAUCACCCUAUGGAAAGGGUUUACGAAGAGAUAUAUACAUAGAUAGAGAGAGAGAGAGAAAGCAAGAGCACACAGUGACGUGACGUGUAACACGGUGCAACGAUAGAUUAGCGUUAGAAAGUUUAAAAACAUUCACAGAAGCAAAAAAACAAAAUAAGCAAAAUCCAACGCGCACCCCCUUUUUCGGAAACCUUUCCUUCCGCAAUUUUUCCUUCCUGUUCCUGUAUUUGAAACAUUUAUCGCGCUUUGAUGAGAAGAGCGCCAAAAACAGCAGUGUAGUACAACACCACCAACACGUUAGAGUUUCACGUUCUGACUAAGGAUCGAGCCGCGGUUACUGGCCAUAGCAAGUUUUGGUGUCUUCUUCGGCGCGAUUGUAGAUAUUUAUAUGUAGCCGUAAAUGAGGAAACGCGCGUGUGCCCUGUUUUCCAAGGAGAAAAGCAUACAAUCUCCUCCUUAAGAGCCCGCCCCAAGCCAAGGAGAGAAACGUUUCAGAAUAGAAGUGUUUCAUUUUUCCCGUUCAGUUAUGUCGUUACACUUCCUUUUUUAAGAUGGUUCAUCCUUCGCCUUUGUUCCCGAAAGAGAGAGAAAGGGAGAGUAAGCAAAUUUGUAAGACGGAGGACAACAAUUUAGUUAGUUUUGCCCGAGAGGGGAGGACAUUAGGUCAAAGAUGCCGAGAGUCGAGCUUUGUCUCUCUUUCGCUGUGUGUGGAUGUGUGAUAUUCGACUUAUGAUAGAGGAUCGGCGAGGGAAAGCGACGAACCUUAGUAGGAAAAAGCCCCCCACACGUGUCACGCGGUGUAGGAGCAGCAGCAGGGUGGCAGUUUCAACGGAUAGCGAAAAUGUAAUUGAAUUAAUGUUUUCUACAUUUGCCAUUUUUACUAUCGUUCGAUCGAAUUUUGAUGUCUGAUGUCGUCCUGCGCGCGCCCCCCUCUGUGUGGGAUGAGUGGUGCCACGGAAGAGGGGUAUAGCUAGAUUUGAUAUGAAACAAACAAAUGAAGUAUUUUGCAAUGAUUUAGUCACUGACGCGCGGGGCACGAUGCUUGGAGAGUGAAACGAGGAACGCACCGAGUGAGAAACAGCGUGUGUGUAUGUGAUCAGGUAUCGGGGAACAAUUGUUUUGCUUUCCUUUUGUGUGGCAUUGAAUUAGGCAAACGUUUAAAGAAACAAAACUGCAAGCCAGAUAUGUGUGCGUGUGUUUUUUAAAUACACUACGAGCUUUCUGUUUUGUUGAUUGUUAGAAAUCUGUUUUAAAAAGAAAGGCGUGUUAUAUACAUUUUUGAUUUUUUUUCUUUCCAAUAAGUAUUGAGCAUACUAGAGCCGGCAAGGCGAACGGGGCAUUUUAAGAAAGAUCAAAUUUGCAUGAUCAAAACUACUACUACUACUACUACUAUUACUGCACAUGGGUGUGCCCGCGAGAGUAAUAUAAUAAAAAAUAGCAACAGAAAGCGAAACAAAAAGUGCAAAAAUUCGAAACAUCAAAAUUUAAACCAGCCGCGCGUGCUCUGUUUUUGAAAGGAAGGAUUGCAUUUGUCAUGUAAUUAUGUCUGGCGACUAAUCUACUAUUGCGGUGACUACACUACACACUACGAGUACUACUUCCACUGGAACAUGUACUACCACUACUGGCAGGUCCGCAGCUAUAUAUACACAUUGCACACGAACCACGUGGGUUCGUUGGUAGAGGUAGCGCAGUAACUGAGCAUACACACUGCACGGACACACGGAUUGUUGAGUACAAAUUAAAGGCAAAAAUAAACACAAACACAACGCAACUACGCCACUAAGCUACUAAAAGCAGAGCGCAAAAAGUAAAACAAGGCACCACGCUUAUGUGUUGUGUUUGGGGUAAACACAAACACACCUAUGAAACACAUUGUACGAUUCACCAAUAUGAGAAUCCUCGAUCCUCGGCGAUCAUUAUAAACAGGCAGAGUUAGCAGGGUUCUCCGGGAGUUACGGUUAAAUUGUGGUCUCAAUUUUGAGGUAUCUUUUGCAGUUUCCAAACAUCAUCCAACCCGGUUUUCGCUGCGUCGUCUCACUGCAAAGAGAGAGAGUGAGAGAUGGCCACGCGGAGGGUGGCAUUAAUGAGAAUAAAGUUUAUCGAUUGGGCUACACAAAUCAAUAACAAAGCUAACCCGAAAGCUACAACAGAA